CGAUGGUUUUCAAAACGAAUUCGAACGCUUAAGCGAACGGUUGUGUUUCUUCCCAAGCAAACGAAAAAAAACAAUAUUCAAAACAACAGAAAAAAAACUUGAAAACCAGAGAAAUCGAAAAAGAAGUUAGCGAACCAAAAGUGUAUUAAAAUAAAGCGGAUAAAAAUAAAAGAAAACAUUUUUUUGUGGUGCAUCCCAAAAACCGGUUGUUAAAUGCGCGGUGCAAUAAAACCAUCCAGAGUUAAACAACAACAACCAUAAAGAAACAACGUUGCACAUUAUACGAAGUGCAGCUCAAACUGUAAAAAAGAAGCGAAAAUCCAAGAAAAAAAUUGAAGAACAUCGAGAGAAUAUUUAAACGAAAAACAAGAUGGCAUUCUCCAUUGUGAGCCGCGGUAUUUUGCGCACUUCGAGAGAAAUUCUGGAACGCAACAUGGCAGCAACUGUUGGCGCUCUGCAGCAGACCGCCUCCCCGCCCCCGAACACGCCCAUUUCACACAGCGAAUGCCAACGCCUUUUCCUGGCAACUGGUGGCCAUAUCUGUGGACAUGGAGCAGCACACUCACUGCUGUGGCAUCAAAUGCCAACUGCCGUGGUCCAGGCCGUCCGUCAAUAUUCAAAGAAAUCCGCCGGAGCGGCCAAAUUGCGACGAGAGCUGGAAAGUGAUAGCGAUUCCGAUUCGGACGAUGAGUUCGAGCGUCGUCGCCAGAAAAUGGAUUCCAAACGCAGCGAACGGGGCGACUCAGCCUUCUGGCGCCGCAAGAUGCGUACCCUGCACCGCAUUUUGGACGUAAACCACGACGGCGUGGUGUCCUUCGACGACUUCAGUUUGCUGGCCAAACGCUUCAACGAUCUUGGCCAUUUGACCCCAGAGGUCGCUGCCGAAUUCAACGAUGUGAUCAAGCAAACGUGGGAGGAGCAGUUCGGGGAGAUAACCCCCUACAAUCUGGUGACUGCUGAGCAGUUUCUUUCCGAUCUGCACCAUCGUCUCAACGACAAGAAGAUGGCCAAGCGCAUUGGUCGCUUCUUGCCCUAUUUGUUUAAGGCUGUGGACUUUGAUCACACUGGCCAUUUGGAUCUCGAACAAUACAAGCUCUUCUUCCGCUGUCUGGGACUGACUGAAGACGACGCUGCCGUUUCAUUCGCUGUGAUAGACAAGAACGGCGAUGGCCAAUUGUCGCUCAAGGAGUUUGUACAUUUGGGCCGCCAGUUCUUCUUAACCGAGGACGACUCGAAGAUUUCAAAAAUGUUCUGGGGACCGCUGGUGGCGGAUCAUUGACGGGGUGCAGUCACUGCUGUAGAUCAUCACACAAAAACAACCAAAUCAACAACAAUAACCCCAACAAAUCCGAACUACAAUCUGAACCAUCAAAACCAACAACGAUUGCAAGAGCACCAAAACCGAUGCCACAACAUCGGCAACAAUAACACCAAUGAGCCAAUGCUAAUUACAUUUCAAACGACAACGAGAGUGGCCAAUAAUAAUAAUGAUAAUAAUAUAAAGAUGGCCCUAUCGUUGCCAACUCGCGUGCAGGCGGCAGGCGGCAGUUGGCUUAAUCUACAGCAUGUGGCGCCGCAUAAAUCGGGACCGAUAAACAUUAGCAACACCACCACCACGAUCGUUACAAGGAACAUGAGCAUUUACGACUUUUUACGCAAACAUUUGUGCACGUCGAAGCGCCAGCGCUCGACCUUUGAACCCCAUCCAACGCCCAAUAUCCCCGCCCCCAAAUUGCGCAAGCACAAUUUUAGUAACUAUCAAAAGGAACGGGAGAGGGAACAACGGCAGAAGGAGCAUCGAUCCAACGGCAAACCAUCGAUGGAUGAAUACGAUAUAAGAUUCUUUUUCUACCUUAACUCGCUAAUAAUAUUCACCAUGUCGUGCAGUCGUCAGUCGGCCGCCGAGGGCGAUGACCUCAAGCACUUCAUUUGCGACCGGAUCCGGAAGUUCGAUCGUCUGCGGCGAAAGGCACGAAAGCGCCGGAAGCGGAGGCCCAAACAGCUGACCGACGAUGAAAUGCACCUCUGAUUUGAGGAAAGUGGAGCUACUAUUACGCCCCCUAUUUACCAUAUAAUCGAUCAUUUUUUUGCCUAGUUAAGAGUUACGUUUAACUGAUAUAUUACACAAUACAGCAAGCAUGAUAUAACAGAAUAAAACUGAUUUUAAAUGUAUGUUUAAUAAUUCGAAAA